GUGAAGUGGGACUUCGAUGGAUCGGAGGCCGAACUUGAGUCUUCUGACGUUGAGGCCAAGUAUGGAAACAGCUUUUUCGACGCCGAGGUUGUGGAGGUUGCAGAAGACGGCAAGGUAAAGAUCAAGUGGGGUCACGACGGGUCGGAAGCCGACUUAGACCCCUCAGAUGUCAAAGCCAAAGCAAAAGAGGAGGAUGACACCCCUCCUGCGGAGCUCAAAGAGGGAGACAAGGUGGAAGCAAAAUUUGAGGACAAAUUUCACGAUGCGGAGGUUGUCGUGCCACAGACGGAGGAUGGCAAAGUGAAGAUCAAGUGGGGCUUUGAUGGAAGCGAAGCGGAAGUGGCGCCAGACGAGGUCAAGGUCAAGCCCGAAGCACCGCCAGAACCGCCGGAGAAGCUUCUGGUCAUCGGGUUUCUCCGACCCAGACUCGAGGUGGAGUUGCGAACGCUGAAUCGAAUCGAGGCGAAGGCUGCUGGUCACUGUGCCGCUAAUCCAAAAGCUUCCUUCGACGGCCCCGGCGUGGGCAUCAGCGUUAUGGAGCUGAACACCAGCGACGGUACACUCGGAAGGCUCAUUGGAAAAGGUGGCUCCAUGAAGACGAAGAUAGUUAACGUCUCUGGCUGUAGCCUGGAAUACAUGGGGAAGGACACGGAUUUGAAGCUUGCCUACGUUCUGGGCACCGGAGAGGAGCGAGCAAGGACGUGCGCGCUUCUGGAUCUUCUGCAGCAUUCUGUGGAUUUCCGAACCAGGGCUACCGAGCUCCCAGCUGCGCUCCAG